GCUCAUACCAUACAGAUUACCAUCGCAGCAAUCUCUCUCUCUCUCUCUCUCUCUCUCUCUCUCUCUCUCUCUCUGUGUUCACUGAUUGUGAGAUUGUGAUUCUCUCCUCCUGCUUUGUCCCCUACUCCUUUCCGUUCUUUUAUUGGAAAUGGAGCUGAUGACGACGCUGAACUCGUUCUCUCCAGCCGAAUCUAAAGCUGCCUGUUUCAUGGAUUCGGCCAGGUUCAAUCAAAUUCCUAAAAUCCCAGGCAGGGUUGGUAUGAAGAGAAGAAACCAAGGAAGAAGAGUUCAGUGUUCAGUGGAAGGGGUGCAGCCUCCUCCGGCAUGGCCAGGGAGAGCAGCUCCGGAACCGGCACGCGUGUCUUGGGACGGACCAAAGCCUAUCUCAAUUGUCGGAUCAACAGGAUCCAUUGGUACUCAGACAUUGGAUAUCGUUGCAGAGAACCCCGAUAAAUUUAGAGUGGUAGCUCUGGCUGCCGGCUCAAACGUGACGCUCCUUGCUGAUCAGAUUAAGAGAUUCAAACCUGAGCUGGUAUCGAUUAGAGACGUGGCACUGGUCAAUGAGCUCAAAGAGGCUCUGGCGGAUGUUGAGCGAAUGCCCGAGAUUAUUCCGGGGGAUCAGGGAGUGAUUGAGGUGGCCCGACACCCGGAUGCUGUUACCGUUGUUACGGGAAUUGUAGGUUGUGCAGGACUCAAGCCUACAGUUGCUGCAAUCGAAGCAGGAAAGGACAUUGCUCUUGCGAACAAAGAGACGUUAAUAGCAGGUGGCCCUUUUGUUCUUCCCCUUGCUAAAAAGCACAACGUGAAAAUCCUCCCGGCUGACUCAGAACAUUCGGCCAUAUUUCAGUGUAUUCAAGGUUUGCCCGAAGGUGCUCUUCGUCGGAUAAUUUUGACUGCAUCUGGUGGUGCUUUUAGGGAUUGGCCUGUGGAUAAACUGAAGGACGUUAAAGUAGCAGAUGCGUUGAAACAUCCGAACUGGAAUAUGGGGAAGAAAAUUACAGUAGACUCGGCCACACUUUUCAACAAGGGUCUAGAAGUCAUUGAAGCCCAUUAUCUGUUUGGUGCUGAAUAUGACAAUAUUGACAUUGUAAUUCAUCCUCAGAGUAUCAUCCACUCUAUGGUCGAAACCCAGGAUUCAUCCGUUCUUGCACAGUUGGGAUGGCCCGACAUGCGUAUCCCGAUCCUCUACACAAUGUCAUGGCCUGACAGAAUUUACUGCUCUGAAAUAACCUGGCCAAGGCUUGACCUUUGCAAGCUUGGCUCACUGACGUUCAAGAAGCCAGACAACGUAAAAUACCCGUCAAUGGACCUCGCCUACGCUGCAGGACGAGCUGGAGGCACGAUGACUGGAGUACUCAGUGCAGCCAAUGAGAAAGCCGUGGAGAUGUUCAUAGAUGAAAAGAUUAGCUAUCUGGAUAUAUUCAAGGUGGUGGAGAUGACAUGCGAUAAACACCGAGCAGAGUUAGAAUCCUCACCGUCUCUCGAAGAGAUCAUCCACUACGAUUUGUGGGCGCGUGAGUAUGCCGCGAAUCUGCGGAUUUCUUCAGGACCAAAGCCAGUUCCUGCUUAGACAACAGGUUAAGAAGCCAUUCUCGUUUCUAAGCAAAGGGACAAUAUCAGAUAAUAAUAAUAAUAGUGUUUCUUCACAGGUAUUCCUUGUCCAUUAUUUAUGAAGGAAAAAUGACACCAGCUUCUCAUGAGUCUACUUAAAGUCUCUCUUUUUCUAUACAUAUA